GGUGUGUAAAAGUAAAUUUUGUAAAAAAAAAAAUUAAGAAUCGAGAAUGCUCUAAUUUGUUAUUUUUCACAGCUUCUCAUCUACUAAUCAGUCUGUCUGUGCAUUUGAAUUUCGUUCCAUUGACUCUGGAACACGCAAGCUGAUUGGACAAAAUUCGUUGCUUUGUUUUUCCAGAGAUAUGAUUGGUUAAGAGAGAUGAAAGAAGGUUCGUCAUUUCCUCCACAUGAAAACAAUCCCGUUUUCAAGACAAAGCAAACAGCUGUGUUCGGGUGUCUUCAAGAAAAACCUCAAGUGAUGUCUACCUCGAGAAGGCCAAGGCUUUGCACAGAAUAUUACCGGAAAGCGAAAACGAGUUCCUCAAAUACACGAAGAUGCAACUUGAAGAGAGACAAGCCGUGGAGAAAGUGCAACACUGGAGACUCAUCGAUGAAGGAAAAAGAUUGUGGAUUAGAAAUCAAGGAGGUCGAGAGAAAAUUUGACAUGUGUUUAGAUUCCGCACUGUCGCGUUUGACAAGAAAGCAAGACAAGAAACUCAGUACAACUAGGAACCUUGGUCGUAAACGAUCUUAUAACCUUACAAGCUCGCACAGUCAAGGAGGUAAUUUCAACUGUUACAUCAGAGCUGUCCCAGACGAAGUUUUACUUCUCAUAUGUUCUUACCUUCAAGAAAAAGAGCUUUGUAGAAUGUCACAGACAUGCACCAGACUCAACACAAUAUGUCAGGAUGGAUGCUUAUGGUUUGUAGUGAAUGGAUUAAUUUUCAUCUUACAUUCAUGGUCCUAGAUAAAUUUGGUUGCUUGUGUGUAGUCAUGUUGUUUAAACAGAAACAUAUGGAUUGGGUCAGAAGGGCCGGGAGAAGCAGUAAAAUGUACUCUUCUGGAUACUAUAAUAUUUUAUGAAAUAACUGAGAUACUACGCACACUCUGAUUGGUCAAUAGAGUUGCCAAACCUAUGUUCUAUUAAAAAAGAUACAUAAAACUUUAAGGUAAAGAGCUGUUGAAAUUAUGAAUCUAAACGUUUUUGAUCUGUUUGAUCGUCAUCAGAGUGAAAUAAUAUGCAUACGCUCAGUGUUCUCAUAGUUCAGGUAAUGCCACUUAUGUAAUACCUGUUCCCGUGGGGAAAAAGGUGAGGUCCAGUGAUUGCACUUGUUUGUUUAGUUCUGGAGGGAAGCGUGCAAUGUAGAAUGCUGCUUUGAUUCCCCUUUUUAACCAUGAAUGGGCAGUGGUUAAAACUUCCCACGAGAACUUGUGGUAAGGGUGUUUUCUGAUGUGCUUUGCUGGCUCCGACUGCUUAUUAACAUCUGAAUGUUCAUUAACAUGAACCUCGAGGUUGCGUGCUGUUUCGCCAAUGUAUGAUUGUCCACAAGUACACUUACCUUUGUAAAUGAUGUGUGAUGGGUGUGUGUUUUUGUCUUUUAACUUGAAGAUUGAUUCCAUCUUGUGUGUUUUCCACAUGAUAAAGAAGUUGAACCUGAAUGCAUUUGGUGUACGUGUUAAGUUUCCUACUUUCUACUUCAUUUGUUCUGCAGAAAGGGAGACGGAUUCCUAGUUUAGGUCUUUCAUCGAACCAGUGGACAGGAAUUAUUGUUUCGUCACUUUUUGGGUUUUCAUAAUCACGGAUAACUUCAUUUACCAAUUUCGUGGGGUAUCCUGCUUUGAUGGCUAUUCGUUUUGCUCGAUAUACGGCACCUUGAAUAGUGUUGCGCUUCCACCUUUCUGGGAUGACCGAUUUCCAAUGUGCUUGUAGUUUACCUGGUUUUGGUAGACUCUGGUGGUGAAGUUUUCCUCUUGAUGGUUGAAAGAGGUGUCCAGGAAGUGACCAGGGUUUUCUUCCAUGAUGAACUUGAUGUUUGGAUGGUAGCUGCAUGUUUAACUUCUCAAGUAGAUUGUUGGGAGCAAUUGUCUUCCUUUUGGUAAAACAAUAAUCUACGUACCAGUCAUAGAAUGGCAAAUUGUGUGGUGUUACGACGUCUUCCUCUAGUUUACACAUUAAGAUGUUGGCUAGGGUGGGAGACAAUGGGUUCCUCAUACUACAUCCAUCUACU